CACUGCUAUAAAUUAGCCAAUAAAAACGGAGUACUGGGAGAACCUUCAUUUGCAUACAAGCUCUAUAAGUACCGCAUAACCAGCGGCGUUGCAACAGUCCGUAGUUGCCUCGUCCAUCUUACGUUGCAGCUUUGAACGCGGAGGAAAAUGCCGGAUCCAGCUAAGUCUGCUCCUGCUCCAAAGAAGGGCUCGAAGAAAGCUGUCACGAAAGUACAGAAGAAAGAUGGCAAGAAGCGCAAGCGCAGCCGUAAGGAGAGCUAUUCUGUCUACGUUUACAAGGUGCUGAAGCAAGUGCACCCGGACACCGGCAUCUCAUCUAAGGCCAUGGGCAUCAUGAAUUCCUUCGUGAACGACAUCUUCGAGCGCAUCGCAGGUGAGGCUUCCCGUCUGGCGCAUUACAACAAGCGCUCGACCAUCACUUCCCGGGAGAUCCAGACCGCUGUGCGUCUGCUGCUGCCCGGGGAGUUGGCUAAACACGCUGUGUCGGAGGGCACCAAGGCCGUCACCAAGUACACCAGCUCCAAGUGAAGUGCAGCAGAGGCGUGAUUGAUCGGCUUUACCCAAAAGGCUCUUUUCAGAGCCACUUUAGUACUCGGUGAAAGAGCUGUAUUCACUAAGGGUUUAUGGUCUAGCAGGUAAGGUCCGUAAUAUUACCCUUCAGCGCUCUGGUGCAAUACGGAGCGUUUCUAAGUGUGGAGCGGGCAGGGUGCGGCGCAGGGCUGUCGCUCACGACGUACUUGAUAGAGUGAGCAGUCAGUUUAUGGCUGGGAAGCUACCUUCCCACUCAACUGUUUGAGCCUACCUCAGAUUAAUCUCUGCAUUUCAUGUGUGGUUUCAGGCAAGGACUAGUUUGUUUCUCACUCCCCUGGGCAUCCAGGAUUAUGCUCUGACUGGAUCAUGAUGAGCCAAACUACUGCCAUCAGGCAGAAGUAUCCCAAGUGGUGCCAAGCAGGGUCGUCUUCAGAAACUCGAGUUCCACUCCAAUCUGCUGCGCCAUUUCGCAGCCCUACUACACCCGUAGUUUUAGUCAGCGUCAGUUCUGGUUGUAGUUUGCACAGCACUGGCUCGCUUUUUUAAAAAUUUUUUAGACUUUGAACACUAAAGGUCGUGUACGCAGCGGGAGUGAGACUCACCUUACCCUCACCAAGAACUGAAUGCUCUUGAGGUUUUCUCUAAUUCUCUUUUUGGCCAAAGAAAAUAAUGGAGCCCUUUCUAGGUUGGUUAGGGUUAGAUGACAUAGUGAUAGCAGCUGGAACAAGUAAGCAGUUGCCAGUGCAUCUUGGUAGGAAGCAAAGCAGCCACCACUGCGCCCUCUUGCCGCGAGUGUGCUUACAGAUUUAGUUCUCUUAAUGUCUUGAGUUUACCUCCUUACUGCAAAAAACAGGUUCUCAGUGAGACCUACACCUGUAGGACAUCUUUCUGUAGAAACUGAUCCCAUAAGGAGAAAGUGGGUUUAAUACUUGAUGACCUGUGUGUCCAGCACUCCAGGAGGCAGAUUCUUACUGAUAUACGCCAAACUUUUGGUAAUAGCUUUCCAUCAAAUGAUGGUGGCCCGGCACCCCCAGAAGGCAGGCAAAUGGACGUCUGAGUUCAAGACAAGCCUGAUCUAGAGCUAGUUCCAGGAUAACCAGGGUUAUGGCCUAACCAAGACAACACAAAGAAAUCCUGUCUCCAAAACAAAUUCACAUCAGUACCCUUAGGGGAGAGGUAUCCCAUUAAACAUUCCUUUCCAGCUUUUAGUGGACAGAUCUGAGUUUUGAUGAUUUAACACAAAAGAGAGCCAAGCAAAAAGAAAUUACCUCUGUUAUUUCUGAUACUGUAUUCUAUCUGGCUUAGCUUGUGUAUUUAGUCAGGACUCAUGAAUAAUAAUAACAGAAAAGGGUGUGGUAAAUAACGAGCUAAUACCUAUGAGCCUUGGGGUUAAAUCAUUCAGAGGCACCUUGUCUUCUGAGUUGUCUACAUUCUACACUGAAUAUCUGAAGGGUUUGCUUGUCAAUUCCUUUGUUGGGGACUUGUUUUCUGAGUCAUUUUAAAUAUCUAAACAAUGACUCAUUUUCAUACUGAUUUCCAGGCACUAGGUGAGAGAAAUUGUUCUAAAUGGCUAUUCCUUACCCCUAUAUCCCCCAGUGAAAAAUAGAACAAUGUUAAUACAAUUUUAGGGCUGGAAAGAUGAAGUUUGGUCCUGGGGACAAACACAAGGAAACACAAUAAGUAAGUAAAUAUAAUUUUUAGGAUUAGGAGAGUUCAUCACAGUAAAAUUUGAAUUCCAAUCAUUUGCUUACAGGAAAAGGAAUAACACACACACCCCUUGUCUAGUCAAGUCUAUCUUAUUUGUGAUGGUUGUGUGUGUGUGUGUGUGUGUGAAGAAAAGAACCAUAACUGAGAAGUCUGGCUCCACUCUGAGGAGAAAAAUCCAGGUUGCAUAAAUUAUAAACACAGAUCAGAGAAAAUUGUAACAGUUCUUCCUAGCAGGAAGAAAUGGUAUUUGGCUGAGUUUGGUAAGCACAGGCCUUUAGUCCAAGCACUCAGAGGACAGAGGUAGAUAGGUCUCCAUGAGUUCAAGGUCAGCCUGGCCUACAUUUGAAGUUCUAAGUCAUACAAGGCUAUAUAGUGACACACCUACCCCAAAAACAACCCAGAAGUUGUAUUUGAGAUAAGCACUGAGUCCAAGGGAUUGAGUAUCCCACACAACCUGCAGUUAUCAAUAAAACUACAGAAUAGACAAUCUCUGGCACUAUAGAAAAAUAAUGUAGAUAUGGAAGAGUAAUUCCUAAAACCUGUGUGGGCCAGGGUGCGGUACAUAUGAUACUGCAACAAACCAGCUGCUGAUUGGGUAUGUUUCUUAAUUGAGAAUAAUAGUAGUAGUCAUACAAUCUUCAGGAAGUGACCAAGUAACAAGACAGAAACCGCCAUUGUUAUAAGGAUUUG